AUGGCAACCUGCUCCCAACCACCCUCUCGCGGCCCAUCACCCCCUCCGCAACACCUGCCCAGAAUGGAACCGGAACCGUCCACUACUGCUCUCCUUGAGGCUAUCAACGCCCUUGCCAACCAAGUUGGGUCCUUGCAGGCCCAAAUUAAAUCACAAGGCAAGCAAAUCUCACAGCUCACUGCCAUAUGCAAGGAAACCAACAACCUUGUUGGUGACAAAGACCAGGGCAGAGCCCAAACCAAGCCUGGCCCAUUGACUGGGCCUGUCACCCCUCCUACCCACUCAGGGGGGGAAGCCCACACUCCAGGCAUGGUUAGGCCUGGGCUCAAAGCCCCCUUCCGCCCCUCAAGGGGAACAGGUUUUGACUCAGAGGACAAAGAACCAAGGCUCCCCAAAAAGGAGCCUCAAGGAACGCCUAGAAGGCACUUGGGAUCUCUCACCCCCUUCAACGCAGGGUCCAGCGUAAAACGGCCCAAGAUGGACCUCCCCAAUCCCUAUAAGGGUGACACCAGGGGACAAAAGGCCACUCAGUGGCUUGAUCAAAUGAUGCUAUGGGUAGCUCUCCAUUGCAAUCAGUUUGACGAUGAAGAGCAGAUGGUGGUAUGGAUCUUAUACCACAUGACAGACAAGGCCGCCAACUGGGCCCUCCCCAUCAUUGGAAAUAUCAUCAAGGGCAAGGGUAAUCCUCCUACCACCAUCCAGGCCCUAACGGCCAAAUUCAAGGAGGCCUUUGCUGACCCCGACGCCAAACGGGCUGCAGCCAGGAAAAUAGCUACCCUGGUCCAAACCUCCACCACCUCCAAGUAUGUCACGGAGUUCUGCAACCUCAUGGCGGAAUUAGACUGGAACAAGGAAGCCUAUAUUGCACAGUUCACGCAAGGCCUCCACUGGAAAGUCAAGGAAUUGCUGUCUACCAAGGAUAGCAUCCCUGACAAUCUUGAAGCCAUCUUUGCAGCAGCAAUUAAAAUCAAUAACAUCCGCCGCAAAAAUGAGGAAAACCGGCCAAAGAAGGCCCCUGCCAAGUCCCCGGCCACUGUGGCCACCACCUCCACCACUACCACUCAACGGGUCCGCCUAUUGGAAGACCCCAACUAUGUCACACUGGAGGAAAGGGACCGCCGCUGCGCAUCAGGGCUGUGCGUUAAAUGCGGCCAAAAGGGGCAUGGCAUCAAACAAUGCCCCAAUGGCUGGAAAGCCACCAUCAAGGAGGAGGCCAAGCCCCUGACUCAAAAAAUGGACAAUCUAGAUAGUUUUGAAUUUGUAUCUCUGGCUCUAGACUCAAAUAAAAAACCUCUAUUAUUCAUUGAUCUAUAUGUCCAAAAAUUCCCGGCAGAACCCCUCAAAACCCUCAUUGACUCUGGAGCCACAUUGAAUUUCAUUUCCCCCUUGAUUGUGGAAAAAUAUAAAAUACCAAAAACCCAACUCAAAAAUCCACAAGUUGUGAGAAUGCUAGAUGGUACAAUUUCACAGACUGGUUGCAUAUGGCACCAGGUUCAACUUGCGGUCUUGGCCAAUGGCCACUCACACUCCAUUCCUUUCCUUGUUUGUCCCAUUGGAAAUACUCCAGCUAUUUUAGGCAUGACAUGGCUGACGGCAGAAGCCCCCCUCAUUGACUGGCAACAGGGAUUGAUCACAUUCCCAGAUCAGGUGAAAAUUGCCUCUGAGGAAGAAGCAGACUUGGACCCCCUGGCAGAUCUCCCUAGGCAAUACCACGAAUUUGCCAAGGUAUUUGACCUUAUUCCCGAUGCCAGACUCACGCCAGGGCCAAUUUACAGCAUGACCAACGCGGAAUCCAAGGCACUAAAGCAACACAUUGACAAGGAAUUAGCAACGGGCAAGAUCCGCCCCAGCACUUCCUCAGCAGGUGCUCCGGUCAUGUUUGUAAAGAAGGCAGAUGGUUCCUUACAGCUGGUUGUGGAUUAUUGCAAGCUAAAUGAUGUAACACAUAAAAACGUGUAUCCAUUGCCAAGGCAAGACAACUUGAUGGCCAAGCUUAGGCACGCAAAAAUGUUCACAAAGCUAGAUCUACGCUGGGGUUACAACAAUGUCAGGAUCAAGGAAGGGGAUGAAUGGAAAACGGCAUUUAGAACUAAAUAUGGGCUAUUCAAAUACCUGGUAAUGCCUUUUGGCCUCACCAAUGCCCCAGCCGCCUUCCAACAUUUCAUGAACAACCUGUUCAGGGAUCUCAUUGACGUCACAGUGGUGAUCUAUUUGGAUGACAUAUUAAUCUUCUCCGAGAAACCUGAGGACCACCCUAACCACCUGUUUUGCAAGCUCUCCAAAUGCCACUUCCAUGUCACUACGGUUGAUUAUCUUGGCAUUGUCAUAUCCCCCACCGGCUUCUCCAUGGACCAAAAGAAGAUCAAGGCGGUCACAUCAUGGCCUCAACCCAAAACAGUCAAACAGGUCCAGGCCUUUCUAGGGUUUGUAAAUUACCUCAGACGUUUCAUUCCUAAUUUCAGCACGGUUGCGCGUCCCCUACACAACCUCACCAAAAAGGAAACCCCCUGGUCAUGGGGUAAGACAGAAGAAGACACAUUCCAGGAAUUAAAGGCCCUUGUCACCAAAUCCCCGGUUCUUAUCCAUUCCAAUCCAGAACUACCCUACUACCUAGAAACAGACGCAUCAGGGGUAGCCAUGGGAGCCAUAUUGAGCCAACAAGGAGAGGAUCACUGGCUUCAUCCAAUUGCUUAUAUGUCAAAGUCCUUCUCUGGUGCUGAAGCCAACUAUGAUACCCACAACAAGGAACUUCUGGCUAUCAUCAAGGCAUUGGAGGAAUGGAGGAUCUUCUUGGAGGCCACAGACAAGCCUGUACAGGUUUUUUCAGACCACUGGAACUUGGAAUAUUGGAUGCAGGCACGGACAUUCAAUAGGAGACACGCUAGAUGGCGCAUUUUCUUGAGCAACUUUAACUUUGAAAUCCACUAUUGCCCGGGAAAACAGUCAGGAAAGCCAGAUGCCCUCUCCAGAAGAUUGGACUAUGUAGACCUACCCUUGGAACCAGAAGUCAUGCUACCCGCGGAAGUCUUUGCAAACACUUUGGAAGAGGAGGUUGAGAUUGUCACGGAAAUACGGUCUAGAAUCAAAGAAGACCCCUCCCUGGAACCAAUCAUCCAGUUCCUUACAGAAGACGCAGAUGAUGCACCUCCUUCCAUCCAAAAGGCUUAUUGGGAUUAUGAUUGGGAAGAAGACCUCCUAUGGUACCGCGGAAAAUUGGUAGUCCCAGACUCAGAGCCUCUCAAGGAGCGGUUGCUUAAGGAAUCCCACAACUCCCCAUUGGCAGGCCACCCAGGACAACAAAGGACGUUAGAACUCCUUAGCCGGAACUACUGGUGGCCAGGAAUGAAAUCAUCCGCCAAGGAAUGGGUAGAAUGCUGUCCUACCUGCCAAGCCAAUUGCCAAGCCCACGCCCCUGUCAUUGCCCUAAAGCCAUUAGAAGUUCCCCCGUUCCCGUUCCACACAAUAUCCUACAACUUCAUCACGGGAUUCCCCAAGUCUAAUGGGCACGAUGCAAUUCUAGUGGUAAUUGAUUCCUUCUCCAAGUUUGGUCAUUUCAUCCCAACCACAAAGAAGGUCACAGCUAAGGGCCUAGCCGACCUGUUCAUCACCCACGUCUGGAAGUUACACGGACUACCGGUCAAAACAGUCUCAGACCGUGGGACAACGUUCACAGGGAAAUUCCUAAGAGCAUUAUACCAACGCCUUGGAAUCAAACCGGCCUUCUCUUCAGCCUACCAUCCGGAGUCAGACGGACAAACAGAAAGGGUGAACCAAUUCAUCAAGUUCUAUCUUAGGUCCUACGUUGCGGCAGAUCAUUCAGACUGGGCUACCUGGCUACCAUUGGCAGAAUAUGCGUACAACAACGCUAGACACUUGGCCACAGGAAAGACCCCCUUCAAACUUGUCUAUGGAAGAAACCCUGUCAUGAGUCCAUCCAAUGUACCAGCAAAUGUCCCAGAAGCCAACCACGUAGCCAACACCCUGGCUCAAGAAUGGAAGGAAGCAGAAUCCGCCCUGAGACUAACAAAGGAAAGAAUGACAGGAAACAAAGGAAUAACUCCGGAAUACGCAAUUGGCAAAAAAAGACUAGGCCCUUUCAAAGUCUUAGAAAGAAUAUCCAGUCAUGCGUACCGCCUAAAACUUCUGGAAACUUUGAAGAUCCACAAUGUGUUCUAUGUAGGGCUGUUAUCCAAAGUCCAUGAAUCUCCCAGUCAACCCUUCCCAGAGCGUCCCCCUCCAGAAACAGUUGAAGGGGAAGAAGAAUACAAGGUGGAACAGAUCAUCAACUCCAAAAGGCAACAAGGAAAAUGGUUCUACUUGAUAAAAUGGAAGGGCUAUGGUCCAGAAGAUAAUUCAUGGGAGCCAGAGGAACUCCUGGAACACAGCCAGGAGGAAAUUCAACGCUUCAACAAGUCACAACUGAAAAAGGCUUGUGACUCCGCCAAGAGCCUUUAA